ACUCAUGUUAGAAUAAUUUUUGAAACAAUGACAGUAAUUUUGUAUAAAAAGCAGAACAUUGUUUUCAUAAAUCAACAGUUCUAUUUCUCAAGCUAGCACAGUUUAAUCUUUUCAACAUGAAAGCGGUCCUAGUAGCUUUGGUUGGUUUAACCGUCUUAUUGAAUUUGGCAGUUGCUACUUCCCCAACUCGUCCACCAACACUAACACUACCAAUUCCAAUUCGUCCAGCUGAAGAUGAAAAACCAAGCAUUUCUGAUGAUAUGGAUAUAAUGACGAGACCUGUCAGGCCUAUGGCUCGUAUGCCAUUGCAUCCUAGUCAAAUGGGAGACCCAACGAAACCUAACCCCAUGAUACCUUUUCCAAUGGGACCUUACCCAUAUCCAGGAAUGGGAAUGAUGCCAAUACCUCUUAGACCAGUGAUACCAAUGGUACGACCAAUGCCAAUUCCAGUUAUAAUUUCACCUACUCCAGCUCCAGUAGCAAUUGUAGAAAUUGCAAAAAUCUAGUAAAUACGUUCAUAAAUGAUUCGUAAUACAUAUUAUGGUUAUCUUAUGUAGAUCAUGUAUGAAUUUAUGUUAAAAAAUACAUAAUAACUACUAUAGAACCAAUACUAAAUGGAGUUUUAUUGUACACAU